GUUAUCGAGCAGCGACGACGGGCGGAGUUUUGUCUGCUAAUUUUCUAACCUCUCGAACUGUCAGUGUCCGUUGAUCGUACGUAAACAGAGAAUCGGAGACUCGCGAAGCUUCAAAAUGACGUCCAUAUUCGACCAGUAUGAGCAGGAUUCCCAGAGGUCAAAACAUCCUGUGGCUCCGUCCAUCAGGCCUGAUAUCAGCACAACUGGAUUCAUUCACAUGAAGCUUCGGGAUGAUGGUCCCAUAUUCACCAAACAGAAAGUCAAUUUCAUGCCCUCGGACGACAUCACGCAUCUUGCGGUCAGCAGCAACUUGAUCGUCAUCGCCAUGGCUAAUAACGUUCUAUUACGCAUAGACAUGAAGCACCCGGACAAACCUGAGGAGAUCGACAUCUCAAAGUACUCGGCGAACAUGAAAUUGUCCGGUCUUUUUCUGGAUCCCCUUGGUCAUCAUCUGCUGCUCGCGAUGGUUCCCAACAAAGGAGAGACUCCACCUGCAGAGCUCUUCUAUCUUCACAGAAAAACGACGAAACUUAAGCAGGCUGGAAAAUUUAGAGGUCACGAGAUCACUGCUGUAGGAUGGAAUUUCGCCAACACUUCGGAGACCACCUCUGGUCCCAUACUGCUCGGAACGUCGAAGGGGCUGAUUUUUGAGACUGAAAUCGCACUCGAUGGUGACAAGAUAUUCAACACGAGCCUGGAGCAGUAUUGGAGGCAGCUUCCCAAUUAUCUACCUCUCUACGGCAGUAAAGAGGUGGACGGACUCGUAUUCGACAUAGGCGAGGAGAGCAAGCCGCCCAUCACAGGUCUGGAGUUCCAUAGAUUGGGAAACAGCGACAGAUACGUGGUGGUGGUUACGACUCUCAUCAGGAUUUAUCAGUACAUUGGGUCCGUCACUACUUUGGACGAGAAGCCGCUGCUUCAGCAGAUCUUCAACAAAUAUUUAAACGCCAAGGAGAGAUUCAAUCAGUUGGACAGUACCCUGCCUUAUUCAAAAAUGCAGUUCUAUUAUUCGGAACCGAAACAGUUGCCAAAGUCUUUUGGCUGGUUGACCGAAACUGGCAUAGUAUAUGCGCAGAUCGAUCCAAACGUCGACCCGAAAAACGUGUUGGUGAAUAAAAAGGUGAUAACAUGCCCGGAAACGAGUCUGAUCGGUGGAAACAUUUCGCAUUCAUCAGAAAGGCCGCUAUCUUUCGUGCUGACUGAAUUUCAUACGCUGCUUUUAUACUCGGAUCGGGUCAAGGGACUUUGCCUUCUCAACCAGGAGCUGAUCUUUGAGGACAUCUACAACGACGCGUUCGGUAAGCUCGUCAACAUAACUAAAGACCCCAUGACAGGCUCUAUAUGGGCCUUUAGCGAGCGCGCCGUCUUCAAGUACAAAGUCACCAAAGAGGACAGGAACGUUUGGCAGAUUUAUGUUGACAAGGGAGAAUUCGAUCUGGCCAAGAAAUACUGCAAGGAUAAUCCGGCGCACAUUGAUCACGUGCUGGUAAAACAAGCGGAAAUGUUGUUCGCAAACAAGGAGUACGAACAGAGUGCGAUCAUUUACGCCGACACGCACUCGUCGUUCGAGGAGGUAUCCCUGAAAUUUUUGCAGGAGUGGCAGAUCGAGGCGUUGAAAACGUUUCUGAAAAAGAAGUUAGAGGGGCUCAAACCGCAGGAUAAAACUCAGGUGACAAUGAUAGUCGUCUGGGUUGUGGAACUUUUUAUGAACCAAAUGGGCGCUCUGAGGGGCGACCACACUUCGCAUCUCCACAAUCCGCGGUAUCAAGAACUCCAGAAACAGUUCGACAGCUUUUUAGCAAUACCGAAAGUCGAGGAGUGCAUACGAACGCACAAAAGCUCGAUAUACGACCUGAUGGCGAGCCAUGGAGACAAGGAGAACCUGAUUCGCCUGACGAUAAUGCACCGCAAUUACGAGGAAGUGAUACGCCAGCAUCUGUACAAAAACAACUACUUGGAGGCUCUGAACGUUCUGAAAAGUCAGGGAAACAGAGAACUGUUCUAUCAAUUCGCAGGCACGCUUUUGCAGGAGCUUCCGAAACCAACUGCGCUCGCACUCAUCUCUCAAGGCUCGAUGCUCAAGCCGUCCAAACUUCUGCCAGCCCUGGUCUCCUGCAACAACGAUGAGAAACACGCCCAGGAAGUGAUUCGCUACCUGGAAUUCUGCGUCUACAAACAAGGCUGUCAGGAGCAGGCGAUACACAAUUACCUCCUGUCUCUGUACGCUCGCUACAAGUCAGACGAGGUGCUGCGAUACAUCAGUUCGCAAGGCCAAGACAUCGGCAUGGUUCCUUAUGACGUUCAUUUCGCACUGCGGCUAUGCAAGGAGGCGAAGCUGACCAAAGCCUGUGUCCAGUUGUCGGCUCUGCUUGGGCUCUGGACGGCUGCGGUGGACUUGGCGUUGACGAUAAGCGUCGAUUUGGCCAAGCAGAUUGCCUCUAUGCCGUCGCAGAACGACGACGAGCUGAGGAAGAAGCUCUGGCUGAAAAUAGCUGAGCACGUGGUCAAAGAGCGGGACGAUAUCAAAGAGGCAAUGGAGUUUCUGCAGCAGUGCGAUUUGGUCAGAAUCGAAGACAUUCUUCCGUUUUUCUCGGAUUUUGUUACCAUCGAUCACUUCAAAGACGCCAUCUGCAACUCGUUACAGGAGUACAAUCAACACAUCCAAGACCUCAAGGAGGAGAUGGAAGAGGGGACCAAGGCGGCGGAGCUGAUCAGGAAAGACAUACAGUCGUUUAGAAACAGAUGCAUUUUCAUCCCAGCCAAAGACACCUGCAACACUUGCGAUGUUCAGCUGCUGCUCAGAUCGUUCUAUGUAUUUCCCUGCGGGCACAGAUUUCACAGCGAUUGUCUUGUCGCCGCCCUUAUUCCCAUGCUCUCCAUGGAGCAGAGAACGAAGCUUGCCGAUCUCCAGCGUCAGUUGACUACCGCCUCUGGGAAGGCCGAGGACACAAAUUCCAUCGGCUCAGUUUCCCUGUCCACCAAGGAUCAGAUCAAAGCCGACAUCGACGAUCUUGUCGCCUCCGAGUGCAUCUACUGCGGAGAGCUAAUGAUCGAAUCGAUAGACAAGCCGUUCAUCGAGGAGGAAGAUUACGAGAGAGUGAUGAAAGAGUGGGACUGAAUUACGGCGCGGAUAAUAAAGGGAGUCGUAUUCUUGAUUCUCUACAACAAUUAGCGGAAAUUAUUUUCCUAAAAACCCCGAAGCGAGAUUAAAAUCGAAGGGAAGGGCAGGUCGGAGUAUUCAAAGAACAGAACACUGGCUUGUUAUUUGUAUAGGAUUGUUUACAGCAGCGACAAAGGUCCGAGUAGGUAUGUAAAAACAAGAGC